AACCACCUGCGCUUUUGAUUAUCUCUAACUUCAAGACUUUCUAAUCCCAGCCCACAUCGUCGCCCAUCAUGGAAGGCGAGGACCCCCAAGAGCGGCCCGACUACAUCUCGAGCAUUAUCAAUGGGCUCGAGCGAUACAAUCCCGAGGCUGUCGGCACCCUCGAGGACUACCUGCGUGCGCAGUGCGAGCAGAGAUAUUGCGACAUGAACGCUAACCGGACACUGUUGAAACUUUCUACGAACGCCAGAUACCAACUUAACCCCGACCGCCUGAAGGAUGAAGUCAUCACCAACAUCCUCGUCAAGGCCAUGACCUGUUUCCCCUCCCCUCAGUUCUCACUCGCCCUGCACAUCAUCCCUCCCUCUAUCCUGGCACCGACGUCCCGCGGCGAGCUGCCCGAGGCCAUUUCCAAGCUCCGCGAACUUGACACCCAGCUGCAAGGCGCACAAUACGCCCGCUUCUGGGCCACUCUUGACAGCGACGACCUGUACGCCGAUCUGGUAGCCGACAUUGACGGCUUUGAGGAGCUGAUUCGCAUCCGCACUGCAACACUAGCGAGCCACGCCUUCCGCGAGAUUGAGAUUAGCGUCCUCGCUGAAUGGCUGGGUCUGGAUGAGGCCGCGGCGACCAAGUUCGUCACGGAGACGGCAGGCUGGAAAAUUGAGGACGGACAGGUGAAGGUGCCGCGGAACGCUGAAAAUGAGGCCAAGAAGGCCGAGGUCAGGGAGGAUGUCAACGUGGAAAUGUUCUCGAGAAUUGUCCGGAGGGCAUGGGAAGAGACGGCUUAG